CUACAUAUCUGGGUUCAGGGCUCUGAUCGGACCCGGUGUUCUUCUGCAGGGGGGGCGGACAGCAAUCUGGACUGCACUAAAGGGGGGUAGACGAGACCACUGGAAUGGGAGAGAAAUAAUAAAGGGACAGAGAGAGGGGAAAAGAAACAGCUUACAGAUAAAAACAGAAAAGAGGAGCGACAUCGGGAGCUGGUCCAGCCGAGCCUGAUCACGGACCCGCAGAGGAGAGCAGGAGCACGGGAGGAGGAUCUCGGGUGACCAGGACACCCACCAUCGCGGGAGCAUGGCAGAUGCAGACCUGGACUUCCAGACAGGUGAUGCAGGAGCAUCCGCCACCUACCCCAUGCAGUGCUCUGCCCUGCGCAAAAAUGGUUUUGUUGUGCUGAAAGGCCGGCCCUGCAAGAUCGUUGAGAUGUCCACGUCCAAGACCGGCAAGCACGGCCACGCUAAGGUUCACUUGGUUGGUAUUGACAUCUUCUCCGGUAAGAAGCAUGAAGAUAUUUGUCCCUCCACCCACAACAUGGAUGUUCCCAACAUCAAAAGAAUGGAUUACCAGCUGAUUGGUAUCCAAGAUGGCUAUCUGUCCCUGCUCCAGGAUAGCGGGGAGGUGAGGGAGGAUCUGAAGACACCUGAAGGAGACCUGGGGAAAGAAAUAGAAAGCAAGCACGACGCUGGAGAGGAGAUUCUGAUCACUGUUCUAAAUGCAAUGGAUGAGGAAUCUGCAAUUGGUAUCAAAGCCUUGGGUAAAUAAGCCACUGCAGGGGCAAUCGAGAUGCACUGGACCUUGGGAAAAGGAGGGGACAUUGCAUCGUCAAUGCUAUUCUCCCUCUUUUUUCUUUGUUUUUUCAUACUUUCUCUCCCUCACGGUUUUCUGACCCUCCAUGAAAGAAAUUUAAUGAAUAAUUGGGAACAGUAAAAGAAAAAAAAA